CUUCGUCUCUCUCUCUCUCUCUGCGAGCUCAUCCGAAACUUCACACUCUCUCUCCUCUCUCUCUCUCUCUCUCUCUCUCUCUCUCUACGAUCGAUCUAGGGUUUCCCAUUUCGCCAUUUUGAGGGGGAGCGGUGAGCGAGCGAUGUGAUCGUCCUUUUCGGCGGACGAAUUGCUUCGUCUCCGAUCGCUCUAGGGUUUCCGUACGAUGGUUUCGGGGCCCGAUCCGGUGGAGUCCCUCGUCCACGCCGUGAGGGGCGCGCUCUCGCCGAUCGAGGCCGGGUUCUCGCGCGCGGCGAGGGAUCUGGAGUCGCACUUGCGGAGUUCGAGAGGGGAGGCGGGGAGAGCCGAGUUGUUGGAGAAACCUGGCGGGUUGGCGACGAAGAAUCGGACCGAUGAUGCGGUUUUUAGGGUUUCUGCGGCCGCGGAGGAGACGAAGAAGGGUUUUUCCGCUAUGAAGAUGCCUAUGAAGUCGCUUCUCGGAGCCCUAUUCCCUAAUUCGUCCAAUGGGAAUGGCGGAGGCGGGGCAAAGGCGGAUUCAGUGAGGAAACAGGGGAAAGAGGAGGCUAGGGAUGGAUCGUGCACGAAUUGCUUGCAAUUUGUGGCGGAUUGGUCAAUUCUACUCAAUAACUUAGCUCAGGCUGUUCCGAGCCCUUUCAAAUCUGUCAAAAAGUGCUUCGGGACGCAGCGGGAACAAGAAGACGAAUCCUUAUUUGUUCCUCUACAGAAGGCGCAAAGCGGAGAAUUUCACAGGGCCAUAAUUUGGGAGAAGCAUAGGGAUUCAAACUCGAUUGGAGAUUCCUUGUCUCUAGAACUGCUACUAUGUCUCGCAAUUGACAGUUUGGUUCACAAUUUUCAGAUGCUUGAAUUGAUUUGCAAGGUUUCUAAACCUUCCCUGCUUCCUCAAUUUGAUCAUUUGAAGAUAAUCAAGGGUUUGAUCAGUGGUAAAAAAGCGGAUUUUGAUGGCUUCCUCUCAAAUAUGAGGUUUGCGAGAGUCAGUGGUGCCCCGGCUAGUUUGGUAGGGGCAGCUUCUUCUUCUGUUAGUGAUGAGAACGAGGCCCGUGCCUCUAGUGGUGGCACAGAGGAACCCGAGAGUAGCUUACCUCAAAAGCUUGCGAGUGGAUUACUUAACAUUCCCUUGUCGAACGUUGAGCGCUUGCGGUCUACCCUAUCGACUGUUUCUUUGACUGAAUUGAUUGAGUUCAUUCCUCAGUUGGCCAGGUCCACCACAGAUCACCCUGAUAAGAAGAAGCUAUUCUCGGUUCAAGAUUUCUUUCGGUACACAGAAGCUGAAGGAAGGCGAUUCUUUGAAGAGUUGGACAGAGAUGGUGAUGGGCAUGUAACUCUAGAAGAUCUUGAAAUUGCUAUGAGAAAGAGGCGCCUGCCAAGGAGGUAUGCACGCGAUUUGUUCCGACGAACUAGAAGAAACCUAUUUUCAAAAUCUAUUGGCUGGAAACAAUUUUUGUCCUUAAUGGAGCAGAAGGAGCCAACGAUACUUCGAGCGUAUACUACCCUUUGUUUGAGCAAGUCCGGAACACUUCAAAAGAAUCAAAUCUUGACGUCACUAAAAAGUGCAGGUCUUCCUGCAAAUGAAGAUAAUGCUGUUGCAAUGAUGCGUUAUCUCAACGCAGGCUCCGGAGGAUCAAUUUCAUACAGUCAUUUUCGGAAUUUCAUGCUUCUCCUUCCUUCAGAGCGUCUUGAAGAUGAUCCAAGGAGCAUCUGGUUUGAAGCUGCUACAGUUGUUGCCAUCCCCCCACCAGUGCAAAUAUCUGCUGAAAAUGUUCUAAAGUCUGCUUUGGCCGGAGGUCUUGCUUCCGCACUUUCCACUUCUGUUAUGCAUCCUAUAGACACAAUGAAGACGCGUGUACAAGCGUCAACACUCUCAUUCCCAGAACUCAUCUCUAAGCUCCCACAAAUUGGGCUUAAGGGACUAUACAGAGGCUCUAUUCCUGCAAUUCUCGGACAGUUUUCGAGCCAUGGAUUGAGGACUGGGAUAUUCGAAGCGAGCAAGCUUGUGUUAAUCAAUGUAGCCCCAACACUCCCAGAUAUUCAGGUGCAAUCUAUAGCAUCUUUCUGCAGCACAAUCCUGGGGACAGCUGUACGGAUUCCCUGUGAAGUUCUUAAGCAGCGGCUGCAGGCUGGCAUCUUUGAUAACGUAGGAGAAGCAAUUGUGGGUACUUUAAGGCAAGACGGACCUAAGGGCUUCUUCCGUGGUACUGGAGCAACUCUUUGCAGAGAAGUUCCGUUCUAUGUUGCUGGCUUGAGUCUUUAUGGAGAAGCGAAAAAGGCCACACAGAGCCUCCUGAACCGGGACUUGGAACCGUGGGAGACGGUGGUGGUGGGGGCGCUGUCGGGCGGGCUAGCAGCCGUCAUUACCACUCCAUUCGACGUGAUGAAGACGCGGAUGAUGACGGCCCCGCAGGGGGUGCCCGUGUCAAUGCAGAUGGUGGCCUUCUCCAUCCUCAGGCAAGAGGGGCCCCUCGGCCUCUUCAAGGGUGCCGUCCCCCGCUUCUUCUGGAUCGCCCCCCUUGGCGCGAUGAACUUUGCCGGCUACGAGCUCGCGAAGAAGGCCAUGGAUAAGAGCGAUCAGAUGGAUGGAUAACGCACCAGUUUUGUUAGAGAACAACAGGAAAGAAAAUGAUGACGUUUUUUGUGGGUCGGCCUCUCCCAUCCAUAUUACUUGGGCAGGAUGAACUCAGAGAGGCUGUGUAACCACCCCCUCCCCCCUCUUUUUUUUUUAUUUUUUAAAAUUUUAAUUGUCCCAUUACAGUCUCUACUGAUGCGUUGUUUGGUUUCAUAUAAAUUUUUGACGUUCUAAAAGAGAAGUUUGGGUUCCCUUGGGCCUUUGGAAAAAAAUCAUCAAUUUUUCUUUUUUACUUAUUUUGUUCUAGAGCCCCUCAGCUAUUUAAGCUGAUUGGCGAUUAGAUUAGAUCUUUACUUAGACCUAUUGUGCAUAGUUGUGAUCUUGGCAAAUUCUUCGUGUAUGUUGAUGUUUAAUAUCACUGAGAGGUGAUGUAUUGAAAUGGCAAGGUUCGCUCCUUUUAUUUCGUUGAU